AUGCUAACAAAAUUCUUAUCAAGUUUUUAUUCCUGUAGUGCAGCAGUAACAGGCACCGAACCCUUGUCUAGAACCGCAGCUGUAGCUACCGCUGGGGCAACUACAGACAUGUUUUUUCAAGCAACGUUGGCAAGAACUUUUAUUUCAACAUUAAAACUUAGAGGGGACGAUGAUGUUGUUGACAGACUUAAUUAUUAUUAUACGCCAAUUAUGCUGGCAAUUGCUUGUUUGGUGUUUGGAGGUUCUCCUAUUGAAUGUUGGGUUAAUCCUCAUUCUAGAGAAAGUAUGGAAGAAUAUAUAGAGGCUUUUUGUUGGAUACAAAAUACUUAUUGGUAUAUUAUAAAUAAAAAUACCGUAUUUUUUGUAUUAGAGCCCCACGCUGUAUUAGAGCCCCACGCUGUAAUAAAGCCCCACUUUGGAGGAUAG